CUGUUCCCACAGCUCCACAGGCUUCGGCAAGCGGCGCGCCGCAUCAGUGACGGGGAACACAGGUUAAACGGCCCCACCAGGGACACUGGGAAGUGGAGCUGCCAACUUCCGGGCGCAGAGGCGGAGCUUAACUCCUUCUUAAAGAGGCCGAAGGCUGAUUUCUGGGAAUCUUGUCUGCAGGUCACCGAAGUGUUGAGAAAGGAAUCACUUCAGCCUUCUUCAAGCUCAACUACUUUUGAAGGCUAAAGAUAUGAUUUCAGCGGCUCCCAAAGUGAUGCAUGGACAUGGACACAUCAUUCUACAGAGUCACUUAGACACAACGUGGGUCUGUCCCUCCUACGUUGAAGAGGAUGGACGGAUUCAGAGCGUUGGGUCAGGACGAGAGAGAAAAGACUCCAGGCUGGUUCCUUCCCAGACAAAAACAUAGAGGUAUGCACCAGCCACUGUCCUGGAAUAGCAAAUAGACUCAUCCAAAUAGACAAAAGAGAAGAAUGUGAGUAAAGGGGGAAAAGGAGCUCAUAAUGAUCCAGAUAGUACAUGUGGCUAUGGCCUCAGCAGAAGAUCUGGAAGAUGUGUUGGACUCGCUGCCUGUGCUUGUGCUUGUGCAGGCAAAGGACGAUGGAGCCACUAGUGCAGACCAUUAGGCCUAAACACACAAAGUCAGUUGUGACGAAUAUUACUACAACUACAAACUUGACUCCCAUGACUACAGAAGUGCUUAUGGACUGUACAAAGGGCUGUGUGACCUUUGAGGAUGUGGCCAUUUACUUCUCGCAGGAGGAGUGGGGGCUCCUUGAUGAGGCUCAGAGAUGCCUGUACCACAAGGUGAUGCUGGAGAACUUUGCACUUACAGCCUCAAUGGUUUGUUUGCAUGGAACAGAGAAUAAAGAGACACCUUCUGAGCAAAAUGUUUCCCUAGAAGCUUUAUCACAGGUCAGGACUCCAAAGGUAGGUCCAAUCAGCCAGAAGGCUCACCCCUGUGAGAAAUGUGUCCCAAUCCUGAAAGACAUUUUGCACCUGGCUUACCUACCUGGGCAGAAACCAUACUUGAUUGGGGCAUGUGCAAACCUACGACAGCUUCAGAAGCAUUUCAGUGCAAAGAAAAGUGACAUGGAUAGGGCAUCAUUUGUAAAGAGUUGCAUAUUCCAUGUGUCAGGGCAUCCCUUCACCUGUAGGAAGGUUGGAAAGGAUUUCCCAGCCACUUUGGGUGUUCUCCAGCACCAGAUCACUCCCACUGGUGAGAAACCCAACAAAAUCACCAAGUGUUGGGAGACCUUUCAUGGUAGGAAAAGUCAUUACAAGUUGCGUGAAUGUGGGAAAGCUUCCAGCUACAAACAGAGUCUUGUUUACCACCCAAGAGUCUCUACUAGGAAAAGGGUUUAUGAGUCUAGCAAAUAUAGGAAAGCCUUGCGCUGUAAGUACUCGCUUGUUCAGCUCCAGAGAGUCCACACUGGAGAAAGGCCUUACGAGUGCAGUGAAUGUGGAAAAUCUUUUAGGCAAAGAGCCACCCUCAUUAUACACCAGAGAGUUCACACUGGAGAAAGGCCUUAUAAAUGUGGCGAGUGUGGAAAAUCCUUUAGUCAGUGCUCCAAUCUUAUUGAACACUGCAGAAUUCACAGUGGAGAAAGGCCUUAUGAGUGUGAGGAAUGCGGAAAAGCCUUUGGGUGCAAAUCCAAUCUUGUUCGGCACCAGAGAACACACACUGGAGAAAAGCCUUAUGAGUGCAGCGAAUGUGGGAAAUUCUUUAGACAAAGCUUCACCCUUGUUCAACACCGGAGAAUUCAUACCACAGCAAGGCCUUUUGUGUGUGUCCAGUGUGGGAAAUCCUUUAGCCACAGAUCCACUCUCAUUAGACACCAGAGAGUUCACACUAGUGAAAUGUCUUAUGAGUGUGGGGCAUGUGGGAAAGCCUUUGGAUCCAAAUCCAAACUGGAUCGGCACAACAGAAGUCACACUGGAGAAAGGCCUUAUGAGUGUGCUGAAUGUGGGAAAUCUUUCAGACAAAGCUACAGCCUCGUUGAACACCAGCGAAUUCAUAGUAGAACAAGGCCCUUUGAGUGUGGCCAGUGUGGGAAGUCCUUUAGCAGAAGAGCCAUCUUCACUAAACACCAGAGAAUUCACACUGGAGAAAGGCCUUAUAAAUGUGGCGAGUGUGGGAAAUCCUUUAGUAGAAGCACCAGCCUUAUUCAGCACUGCAGUAUUCACACUGGGGCAAGGCCUUAUGAGUGUGGGCAGUGUGGGAAAUCCUUCAGGCAAAAGUCUGUCCUUAUUCAACACCAGGUAGUUCACACUGGAGAAAGGCCUUAUGAAUGUGGCGAAUGUGGGAAGUCCUUUAGCCAGCGCUCCAGCCUCAAUCUCCACCGAAAAUUUCACACCAGGGCGAGGCCCCAUGAACACAGGAAGUAUGGGAAAUCCUUUACUCCAAACAGCUAACAUUGUUUAGUACCAGGAAGUCCACACUUUGAGAAAGGCCUUAGACCUCAAGGAAUUGCUGUCUCCUCGUUCGUUAUAAUAGCACUAGACAGCUUCUGUGAGGGAGCCAUCUGCCUGAAAUUGAACCUCAUACUUGCAAACAUCCAGAGGGGCGAAAUUCCCAAUGAGUUCCAGGGACCUGUGAAGCUUACAGGAGCUACAUUCCAUGUUCUAAACUCCCCAGGGCCCUUAUCAGAGUUACAUCUCUGCCAUUUUCUCUGAUAGAACCCAUCUCACCUCUCCUGCCUUGCACAGUAUUUCAUCGGUCACCCUGAUGUGCUAACACAAGGCAGAUGUCUGUGCUCUCUCCUAUUCCCUGGAGGAAAUCUUGAGUAGUCUGUGCCCUUAUAUUUUCCUAUUUCCAAUUGAUUAAGUAUGAAUCUGACCCUUCAUCAAAAUUGUUGGUUUCACAUGACAUUUGUGGUUGAUUUUCCUGCCUCAAAGUCACCAACUGGUAAUUGCCUCCCCUCCCCCCCCCCCAUUGCUCUGGUUUGUGCAGCAAUAAAGGUCUUAUUGUUUAAUCUA